AGAGCAAAUUAUUAACGACGUGUAAAAAUUAUAAAAAACCAAAGAAUUUGUUUAAAUUUAUAAACAAAUCUAAAAAAAAACAAUUAAAAUUCUAUAUAAUUAAAAAAACUUACAACAAAAACAACAUGCAGUCCGAGGAUUUAUUGCAAUUUAAGGAUUUUUCCAAUACACCCAACACCAGCAGUCCUCCGGCACAAAUAAAUGUCAAUUCUCCUACACAUUCCAAUAGCAAUUCCUCCUCUGGUGCGGGACGACAACGUGGUGAUCCUUUACAGGAUUUAAUCUACGACAUGAGUAAUUCGGCUAAUAUUUUAAGCGGCUCGGGUGGGGGUUCAGCAAAUGGUGCUGGUUCUGCUAAUGGUGGAGAAGGUUUGCCAGAACCUGCCACCGCUGGCACAAAUAAAGUGUCUUUCUUGACUUUGGAAUAUUAUCAGCAAUUUUUCAAUGUUGACACCUUAAUGGUUUUGGAACGUAUUGCUAAUUCUAUGAUCCCCAAGAGGGCUCCUGGGAAUUAUUUGAAAUCGAUUAUAGGUCAGAAUCCAGAUUUGUAUGGUCCUUUUUGGAUUACCACUACUUUGAUCUUCAGUAUUGCUAUUAGUGGCAAUAUUGCCAGUUAUUUGCAGGCGGCCGAUGACCACUACAAGUGGCGUUAUAAUUUUCACUUGGUUUCGGUGGCGGCCAGUUGUAUCUUUGUCUAUGUGAAUUUAUUGCCAGCGGCUUUGUGGGGCCUAUUUAAGUAUAGUUUGAAACCCAUACAAGAGGGUUUGGAAACGGAGAAUGCUGAUUACACCCCUUCUUUGUUGGCCUUAAUGUGUGUUUAUGGUUAUUCUUUGGCUAUUUACAUUCCUGUCUCCAUUUUGUGGGUUAUACAACUGUCUAUUCUACAAUGGCUUUUGGUCAUCACUGCCGCUUUAUUAUCCGGUUCUGUUUUAAUUGCUGUUCUCACACCAGCCUUAAGAAAUUCCAAAAUUUCUUUAUUCCUGAUUAUAGCCAUUCUUGGAGCUCAUUUUCUUUUGGCAGCUGGCUUUAUGUUGUGUUUCUUUCAUGUACCCAGUGGUGGUAGUGUACGUUUCUGUAACACCCGUUGUUAGCUCAGCCGCUCCCAUAAUUAAUAUAGUCAAACAUUCGGUGGUAUCGACGGCCAAGGCAUUAGUGGAAAUAUCAAUGAAACUAAAGUUUAAUAAGUUUAUGUUUAUUAUUAUUAUUAUUAUUUUGCAGGUUUUUUAAGUUAUUAAUUUUUACAGAAAUUAAGAAGAGUAUUAAAUGAUUAAUAAAAAGAAAAUUGGAUUAUUUACAUAAGUGAAU